AAGAAGCUGUCUUCAAUUUUCCGUCCGGCGGAGGCGACGAUCGGAGAACAUCCCUAAUUGAGCAAUCGCUCACCAGAACCUAUGUUUGUGAACGCACUGAAAAUUGAUCGGUGAAUAGAAUCGAAUUGAACCGAACCGAUCCUUACCAUCCUCUUCCAUGGGUUCGUCAGAAUCAACUCUCUCGAGCUCCCCGAGGCCGGACGAUGAGGUAACAACCGUCACCGAGAGAUCAGAAGUCGAAGAUCCACUCCUGGAAAGGCUCAGAUCCCUCAAAAUUGCAACUCCAUUACUCAAGUCGCCACCACCAGAGAGUAGCUUGACGGACAUUCUGGUGAAGAAGCCAUCAUCAUCAUCAUCUUCUUCUGGUACUGUAAAUCCGAAUGUGCUACUGGAGCUCUUCACGAUGUACCGUGAUUGGCAGGAAAAGAAGGCCCAAAAGAUUAGUGAAAAACAGGAAGAGAUGGAAAACAAGAUAGAAGUUGCAGAUGCUUUGGCAGUUAAGCUGCUUCAACGUUUCAACUACUCUGUCUCGGGAAUGAAGACGAUCUCACAUCAUCUCUCUGCAGUGCAUUCGUUGCAGGUGGAACUCGGGAAUUUGAAGGGAAGGUUGACUGAGGUUAUCAGCAACUGUGAUGCAUUAUGCAAGAGAAUUGAUAUAGAAGGACCAGAAUCGCUUCGGUCAUCUGUCAAGCCAUUUGCAGCUGCCUCGUCUGACUUACAAACUAGCCUUAGCUCACCUCUGCCGAGGGUGUCAAAAGAAACCUAAUUACUGCAGAAACCAACUUACACCGAUUCUUUUUUACUUUUUUUUCCCCAUUGUACAUUUCCAAAGCUUGGUAGGAAUUACACUUACUGUUGCCCCCUACGGCAGUUUGAUCAUUGUAUGCUUAUGGCCCACCCUUUAUCUGGUUAAGUAUAAACUUGCGCUGUCCAGUUGUUUUCGUGAACGCUGGAACACUGAGGAUAUCAACAAACCCUACCACGAUUCAUUGUCAUUCUGGUGAUUGUUGACAGAAACUUGGAAUAAAGGACAGCUAAACCUGCAUAAAUUUUUGGUUCUAACCAUACCUCCUAUUUUGUUACGAAUGAAAACUUCUUAUUAUUUAUUUUAUUGAGC